AGCCCGGAGCUGCGGUGGCCGCGCAGGUCCUACCCGCGUCGCAGCGGCCGGAGAUGCAGCCGGGCGCCGCGCUGUGCCUGCGCCUGUGGCUCUGCCUCGGACUCCUCGACGGCCUGGCAAGUGGUUACUCCAUGACCCCCCCAACCCUGAACAUUACGGAGGAGGCAUACAUCAUCGACACCAGUGAGAGCCUAUCCAUCUCCUGCAGGGGGCAACACCCCCUUGAGUGGGCCUGGCCAGGAGCUCAGGAGACACCAGCCACAGGGGAGAAGGACAGCGAGGACACAGGGGUUGUGCGAGACUGUGAGGGCACAGACGCCAAGCCCUACUGCAAGGUGCUGCUGCUGGGCGAGGCCCACGCCAACAACACAGGCAGCUACCUCUGCUACUAUAAGUACAUCAAGGCCCGCAUCGAGGGCACCACAGCUGCCAGCACCUACGUGUUCGUAAGAGACUUUGAGCAGCCGUUCAUCAACCAACCCGACACACUCCUGGUCAACAGGAAGGACUCCAUGUGGGUGCCCUGCUUGGUGUCCAUCCCUGGCCUCAACGUCACAUUGCGAUCGCAAAGCUCUGUGCUGCAGCCUGAUGGGCAGGAAGUGGUGUGGGACGACCGCCGGGGCAUGCGGGUGCCCACGUCACUGCUGCGUGAUGCUCUGUACCUGCAGUGUGAGACCACCUGGGGCGGCCAGAACUUCCUUUCCAAUCUCUUCCUUGUGCACAUCACAGGCAAUGAACUCUAUGACAUCCAGCUGUUCCCCAAGAAGUCACUGGAGCUGCUGGUCGGGGAGAAGCUGGUCCUGAACUGCACAGUGUGGGCUGAGUUCAACUCAGGGGUCACCUUCGACUGGGACUAUCCAGGGAAGCAGGCAGAGCGGGGUAAGUGGGUACCUGAGCGGCGCUCCCAGCAGACUCACACAGAACUCUCCAGCAUCCUGACCAUCUACAACGUCAGCCAGCACGACCUGGGCACAUAUGUUUGCGAGGUCAACAAUGGCAUCCAGAAAUUCCGGGAGAGCACUGAAGUCAUUGUGCACGAAAAGCCCUUCAUCAGUGUCGAGUGGCUCAAAGGACCUGUCCUGGAGGCCACUGCAGGUGACGAGUUGGUGAAGCUGCCUGUGAAGCUGGCAGCGUAUCCCCCGCCGGAGUUCCAAUGGUACAAGGACAAAAAGGCAGUGACUGGGCGCCACAGUCCACAUGCUCUGGUGCUCAAAGAAGUGACCGAAGCAAGUGCAGGCAUCUACACACUCGCCCUGUGGAACUCAGCAGCCGGCCUGAGGUGCAACAUCAGCCUGGAGCUGGUGGUGAAUGUACCCCCACACAUCCAUGAGAAGGAAGCCUCCUCCCCCAGCAUCUACUCCCGCCACAGUCGCCAGGCCCUCACCUGCACAGCCUAUGGGGUGCCUCCACCUCUCAGCAUCCAGUGGCACUGGCGGCCCUGGACACCCUGCAAGACAUUUGCCCAGCGCAGCCUCCGUCGUCGGCAGCAGAGGGAUCGCAUGCCUCAGUGCCGCGACUGGAGGGAGGUGACCACACAGGACCCUGUGAACCCCAUCGAGAGCCUGGACACCUGGACCGAGUUUGUGGAGGGGAAGAAUAAGACUGUGAGCAAGCUGGUGAUACAGGAUGCCAAUGUGUCUGCCAUGUACAAGUGUGUGGUCUUCAACAAGGUGGGCCAGGACGAGCGACUCAUCUACUUCUAUGUGACCACCAUCCCCGAUGGCUUCAGUAUAGAAUCGGAACCCACUGAGGAGCCUUUAGAGGGCCAGUCCGUGCGCCUCAGCUGCCGAGCCGACAACUACACUUAUGAGCAUCUACGUUGGUACCGCCUCAACCUGUCCACGCUGCACGAUGCCCAAGGGAACCCGCUACUGCUCGACUGCAAGAACGUGCACCUAUUCGCUACGCCGCUGGAGGCCAAUCUGGAGGAAGGGAAACCAGGGGAGCGCCACGCCACUCUCAGCCUGAGCAUCCCCCGAGUGGCGCCCGAGCAUGAGGGCGACUACGUGUGCGAGGUGCAGGAUCGUCGCAGCCAUGACAAACACUGCCACAAGAAGUACCUCUCAGUGCAGGCCUUAGAAGCUCCUCGGCUCACGCAGAACUUGACAGACCUCCUGGUGAACGUGAGUGAUUCCCUGGAAAUGAGGUGCCCGGUGGCUGGAGCGCAUAUACCCAGCAUUGUGUGGUACAAAGACGAAAGGGUUCUGGAAAAAGAGUCUGGAAUCGACCUGGCGGACUCGAACCAGAAACUGAGCAUCCAGCGCGUGCGCGAAGAAGACGCUGGCCGCUACUUGUGCAGCGUGUGCAACGCCAAGGGCUGCGUCAACUCUUCCGCCAGCGUGGCGGUGGAAGGCUCGGAGGACAAAGGCAGCAUGGAGAUCGUGAUCCUCGUUGGCACCGGGGUCAUUGCUGUCUUUUUCUGGAUCCUCCUCCUCCUCAUCUUCUGUAACAUGCGAAGGCCGGGACAUGCAGACAUCAAGACUGGCUACCUGUCCAUCAUCAUGGACCCAGGGGAAGUGCCUCUGGAGGAACAAUGUGAAUACCUGUCCUAUGACGCCAGCCAGUGGGAGUUUCCCCGGGAGCGUCUGCACCUUGGGAGAGUCCUUGGUCAUGGAGCCUUUGGGAAGGUGGUGGAAGCCUCAGCUUUUGGCAUUAACAAAGGCAGCAGCUGUGACACCGUGGCUGUGAAAAUGCUGAAAGAGGGCGCCACGGCUAGCGAACAUCGCGCCCUGAUGUCGGAGCUCAAGAUUCUAAUCCACAUCGGUAACCACCUCAACGUGGUCAACCUCCUGGGGGCGUGUACCAAACCCAACGGGCCCCUCAUGGUGAUCGUAGAGUUCUGCAAGUAUGGCAACCUCUCCAACUUCUUGCGCGGCAAGCGGGAAGCCUUCAACCCCUACGCGGAGAAGUCUCCCGAGCAGCGAAGGCGCUUCCACGCGAUGGUUGAAGGCGCCAAGGCUGACCGGAGAAGGUCGGGGAGCAGCGACAGGGCCCUGCUCACACAGCUCCUGAUGGGCAAGGGAGGGGCAGGGCGGGCUCAUCCUGUUCAAGAAGUGGAAGACCUGUGGCUAAGCCCACUGACCAUGGAAGACCUUGUCUGCUACAGCUUCCAAGUGGCUCGGGGAAUGGAGUUCCUGGCCUCCCGCAAGUGCAUCCACAGAGACCUGGCUGCACGAAACAUCUUGCUGUCAGAAAGUGACAUAGUGAAGAUCUGCGACUUUGGCCUUGCCCGGGACAUCUACAAAGACCCUGACUAUGUCCGCAAAGGCAGCGCCCGGCUGCCCCUGAAGUGGAUGGCCCCUGAGAGCAUCUUCGACAAGGUGUACACCACACAGAGUGAUGUCUGGUCCUUCGGGGUGCUGCUGUGGGAGAUCUUCUCCCUGGGGGCCUCCCCAUACCCUGGGGUACAGAUCAACGAGGAGUUCUGCCAGCGACUGAAAGAUGGCACCCGGAUGAGGGCUCCAGAGCUGGCCUCUCCUGCCAUACGCCGCAUCAUGCUGAGCUGUUGGUCAGGAGACCCCAAAGCAAGGCCUGCUUUCUCAGAGCUGGUGGAAAUCCUGGGGGACCUGCUUCAGAGUGGGGACCGGCAGGAGGAAGAGGAGGACUGCAUAGUCCCAUGCAGCUCUCAGAGUUCAGAGGACAGCAGCUUCCUGCAGGCAUCCACCACAGCCCUGCAUGUGGCCACUGAAGACCUGGAGGACAGCCCGCCCAGCAUGCAACGCCACAGCCUGGCUGCGAGGUAUUAUAAUUGUGUGUCCUUUCCCGGGUACCUGGCCAGAGGGACUCAGACCCAGGGUGCCCCCAAGAUGAAGACCUUUGAAGAAUUCCCUAUGACCCCAACAACGUACAAAGCCUCUGUGGAUAACCAGACAGACAGUGGGAUGGUGCUGGCCUCAGAGGAAUUUGAGCGGAUAGAGAGCAGGCAUAGACAAGACAGUGGAUUCAGCUGUAAAGGACCAGGCCAGGAUGUGGAUGUGUCCAGAGCACACUCUGACCCCCAGGGGAGGCGGCGCCGGCCCAACCGGGGGCCACAAGGAAGUCGGGUGUUUUACAACAGCGAGUACGGGGAGCUUUCGCAGCCAUGCGAGGAGGGUGACUGCUCCCCUUCUGCCAGUGGGCCGUUCUUCACAGAUGACGGCUACUAA